GUAUAGAAAUUCAGUUAUCCCUCUUCUCUCAGCCGAUGAACACCUAGAGGCUGGAAACGCAGGUUCAAUUGAAAGUUAGAAGCUGCUGCCCUGGAAAUGUACACACUGUCGCUGAGCGGGGACCUUGUCAUGCAGCACAUUGACAGUUCACUGUGUGGGCACGUGCACACACACCCGCACACACAGGGGUGCGCGCACACACACACACACACACAAUUGAUUUCCUCUCUAAAGUGGCAAGAAGAAGCUGCCUGGCUGCAAGCCCUGCUGGCAUGGGUCAUGCUAUGUACAAAACUGUUCCCUUGCUCCCCACUUUUGCUCGAAAACCUUUCACAAACUGCAGAUUCAAGGGAAACCCACGCCAGCCUCCCCGCUAUCUGUUGGGAGACCUGAGGUGGGCUCUUCUCUUUGCUCAGCAGGAAGAGGGUCUCCUCCCUCCCACCUGUGUCAUCUGGGGGAAGAGCUGUCUCUGGAAUGGAAACACCAGGUAGAAGGGUGCAGAGGAGAGAUUGCAUCGCCACUUUAGUGCUUGACGAAUUCCUUUUUCCCCGACCCACACAGCCCUCUGAUAUCAUGGUACAUUUUCCUGGCAUCCUUACUCAGCUGCAAAUCCAUCCUAGACCAUAGCAGGGGAGGCUAUUUUUACCUGGGUCAGGUCAUAUCUUCUCCUUUGUUCCUGUUUCUGAAGGUCAGGAAUGCCUUACCCUCGGGAGCCAGGAUCUCAGACAAAGGCUCUCCAACCCUGAAGCUCUUUCUGUUUCCCAGAACCGUGGGGCAUCGGUGCUGGGGUCACUGCAUGCAGGUAUAUAAUUUUCCCUCAGCAGUGCAUCACUGCAGGCAAGCGAGGACUUCUACCAGGCAUGGUGGAACAGCUCCUGUUCACUGGUGUUAGGGGCCACAGGUAGCGGAGACAAAAAUCAGGGCAUGAAACGCCUGAAUUGUGUAUUUGCUGGGAAACUGGAUGGUACCUGUUCUUCCAUGUCAUGGAUUCCUGGUGCAAGCCCUAUGCCCCCAUCCAACACCCCCAGCUCCCUCCCUCCCUUAAAGAGAGUAUUCAGGAUGCGCAGCUAGGAAGGAACUACCUCCUUUUCCAAGAAUUUGGGCUCCUUUGGCCUUCUGUGCUGUGCCCUGACCUGUUCGUGUCUCCACCAGACAUCAGCCCUAAACACAGCUCACACUUCAGGAAAAAUGUGUGGGCACCCACGUGCUACAAUGCCUGUCUCUCCAUUCCCCAGGGCUAAGCCCCAAAGAGUAAGAGACAAACGUGGGGUGGAGGGCUUUCUGUGAUGCAAGGGCAGAAACCUGGAUUCUUACACUAAGGCGUCUGUGUGCAUUGCCCCUUUAUCACGGGACUGUGAGUCUCACACCAAGGCGUCUGCCUCACCCCUUCAUCACAGAACCCAGUCUCCCCCUUCCCCUUAUGUAAGCUGUGACUCUGGGCAAGGGUGUGUGCUUUUUUCCUGCCUGGGCCCAUCCUGCUUGGUGUCAGCAAUGAGUUAGUUGCAACUUGAAACCCCCUUCCCUGUACAAGAGAUGAGAGAGAGACAGAGAGACAGAGAGACAGAGAGAGACAGAGAGAGAGAGAGGAGAGAAGAGGGAGAGAAGGGGCAGCUUCUCUCCAUGAGCACCUUCAUUCUUUGAUGAGAAUAUCGCAGCUCACCCAUACCGGGGUGCAGGGUGAGAGGGAAAGAGGAAAGAAAGGGGACUGCCAAAGAAGGGGUGAGAUGCAAGACCUGGACGAGAGAGACAUCCACCGCUACGCUGGAGAGAGGGGGCCGGGAAAAGCAGAGAGGUGGGAGGGGUGAUGGAAAGGCACGCAGUGGGGGACGCCUGCUCUCCCCCCACCCUCCCCAUCUGCAAAGGGAGGCCCCCAGCCCAGUGCCGCAGCCCCUCCCGCGCGCUCGCCCCCGCGCCUCCCUCCCGCGCCCCCGCGCCCCCCGCCGCCAGUGGACGGCUGCGCGCUGCUGCCCGCGGGGCUGGCGUUUCCACCUGUCACCGCGCCGCCUCCGCCCCAAGUUUUCGGGGGACUUGCCCGGCGCGCCGCCUUCCUCCAGCUCUCCCCCAUGGCCGCCGCCCCCUCCUCCCGGCCGCCCCCCGGGCCCCCCGUGCCCCCCGCCCAGCCCAGCGGCCGCCGGGCCCGGUGAGCGCCAGCAGCUGGGGGGACCCGGGCGGUGGGAGCCCCGCGCGCAGCCGCCUGCACCCGAGCGCGCCGGCCUCCGAGCAGCCACCACUGCCACCACCGCCGCCGCCGAGCAGCCACCCAGGCAGCGUCCGUCCCGGGCACGGAGCAUUGCGGAUGCGGCGCGGGGCCGGCGCGGGGCUCCGGGCGCGCUCGGGGGUCGUGAGCGCCGCGCCCCGCGCCCCCGCGCGCCCCCCGCCCUCCCGCGCGCCCCGCUGGGGCCAUGCAGUCUCUCAUCUCGCCGGUGACCAAGGCGAUCCUGGUGGCCCUCUUCAUCUUUGCCAUCCUCCUCAUCCUCUACGUGAUCCUCUGGUACAUCUGCCGCGAUGUGGACUGUGACCACGGCAUCUGAGCGCCGCGGACCACCAGGGUCGCCACGCGGGGGGCGCCCCCAGCGCCAGGGCCAUGGGGACUGAGCCGUCCCGCGGUGCCCCCCCAGCUCGGCGCCCGCGCCCCCUACUCCGGGCCCCACCGCCCGCCCUGCACCUCCACCGCCUCCUGGCCUUGACCUUCAGGGACGCAUCGGAGAGAGCGGGGCCCCUAAAGCGAUGGAGUGGCUGUGGAGUCUUCAGUUUGCCUGCAUGCCAGGUGCCAGCCAGGGAGUUGUAAGAGCAUCCCCCUCAUAAGCUACCAGCAGGCCAGGACUCCAGCGUGGAGGGAUGAAUCUCGGAAGGUCACUGCUUGGCCCUUCUCUGAAGUCCGUCCACCAGCAUGUCAGCCCAGCUGCACUGCAGGGGUGAAGGGUGAGAUGACUGUCACUAAGGAUAAAGGCCAUCUUCCCAGCCCGUCACUCAUUCUGCCAAGCCAUCACUGGGCAACCAGGACUCACGGGCAGUGUCACCUCCGGGGCCAUGCUGGCAUCUGUAACCUCCAUCCAUCCUUGUGGUCUCAUUCAGCCAUCUCUGCCCCCUUGCCUGGCCCAUUCUGUUGUGAAGUUUUCGUCCGCCUUGCUCUUGUGCAGAGUCGGAAUUCACAGGGGUUCCAAUGCCCAAGGGAAGCCCAGUGGAACUGCUUACUCUUAUUACUGGCUAGAGACGUCCAGAGGACAAAUCAGCUUCAGAUUAUACUGUCGUUAGAGUAGGUGCAACUGGGGGGCUUGCCCUACUUAACUCUGCAAUGCAAUCCAUGCUGCCAGCUUCAUACAGACUCCAUCCAGUGCAAAUGGCUUCUUUCUGUGUGCAGAGCAAAUGCUCCAGGGAAGAGACACAGAGGAUUCCCCGUCAUCAUUGUUGCCAACUGACCCCAAAUAUUCCUAUCCUGUCUGUUGUAAAAAGGAAAAUUCAUGUCUUGGAAGAACAGCAUCGCCCUACAGAUACAGACGAGACACUUUGCACAUGAAACAAGAGUCCCAGAAAUUUCUAGAAGCAAAACUCGCAUUCGUGACCGCCGGACUCUACGGGAUGUGUAAGGCAUAUUCUCAAUCUCAUCACUUGUGAGUUGCAUUGCCUAGUCCAGCAGCCGCGAAGGACUCUGCUGUUUUUCCUCUGCUUCAUUUAACACUAGAGUGAAGAGAUGAAGAUCGAGGCGGGCCCUGCACCAGGGGACAUGUGUAUCUCUCUGAAUGUCCUUGACAGACAGCAGCAGCCCAGCGACGCCCAGCCCCCAUCCUGUCUGUAUGCACCCUGGUGAGCAUUUUCUACAGUCUCCUAAACGCUACCAUUAUUCUGUUUUGCAGGUGUGAUGUGUGGCACCUCAGUGUCGUCAUAGCUUCUGCCUGCUCCGUGUGGAGAGAGGGCAUAAAGACAGAGCUGAGAUAUUAUGGCUAUUCCAGAAAAUAAAAUAUUUUUUGAAACCA